CCCGUACCUCGCACCAAACGCUGCCGCUGAUGUUACCGAGGCUGCGUGCAGGAAACUCGGGACGAGCCUGCCACCUGGAGGACGCUCCCCAGUAGGAAGCAGCCGGCCCUGGCAGUCACUGACACACACGCAGCCGAAGCCUUUGGCCUCGGAAGAGGUGACCCCGCAGCCACACGCGAACAAGCGGCAGCCUCGGGCCGUGCGUGGGGCUGCCCCUGGCCGACGUGGCGACGGGGCCAAGCGCCCCGGAGGCACCUAGCCAGCGCCAGAGAAAACGGUGCCACAAAAAGCUGCGAAAUAAACAGCGGCUCGCGUCUUUGUGCGUUUAUUUGUCAGGUGUUUGAGCCAGGACCAACGGCCGACCCCAGGGUCAACUGCCGCCCGCGCUGCCAGCUCACCCCGCCCCGGCGUCGCGCCAGCGCUCCGCGCAUGCGUCCUGCCGCUCUGCGCAGGCGCAGCGUGGGACGCAGCGGCGGCGGCGAUGGGCGGGAGGUUGGCGCGCGUAUUCCGGACAUUCAAUGUGGAGAGCCGGGCCCGCCGCGAGAUCAGCAAGGAGAAGCCCACCCCCGCGCCGCGCCACCCCACCAGCCGUUUAGACGACCUGACCGACCGCCCUGAGAUACAGCAAGAAAUUUACAGGAAGGACGACAGGCUCCUCACCUUGUUAAAAGAUGUUUAUGUGGAGUCCAGAGACCCCCCUGCACAGGUAAAAGAUGGAGGUGCUGAACAUCUUCCACGUAAACAGGUGGAAAAGAGAUUGACAAAACUAGGUCACUUGGAAGAGCUAGAUAUUAAGAAAGUUCCCAAAGGCAAAAUUUCCCUUGUGGAGGCUCUGAUGCUUCUUAAUAAUCAUAAACUUCAUCCUCAGAUAUGGACUGCAGAGAAAAUAGCAGCAGAAUACAGUCUGGAACUGAAUGAAGUCAACUCUCUUCUGGAAUUCUUCAUUCCUUUUUCCCUUCAAGAGUUUCCUAAAGAAUCAAGAAAAGCUAUAAAACCUACAUAAGAGUAUUUACAAAAAACUUGUGUGAUCUUGCUUGUGUCUUAAUCAUAUUUCUGAGUAUAUUCAGUGUCUGAAAAGUGCUGGUAAUGUGUUAUUCAGCAAAGCUGCUGUCUCGUACCAAAAAGAUGUAUUCAGGCAAUUCCAUUCUGUAUUUGAUAGCUUUAGUUAAAUCUGGUAAUUAAAGGACAGAGUUUGUAAAACAGAUUUUAACAACUAAGUUGUGUGAGAGCCUGUCACAGGAUUCUGAUUGUUGCAUUCAUGUAUUUUCCAUUCAGUUAAAAUAUGUAAGUUCUAUUUAGAAAUUUAACUUAAACAAGCAAAAGAA